CUUCUUAAUAGCUUCCUUGGCAAAGACGGACCUAUGGCUAUUCUGUUUUACUAUCAAAGUGGAAUGCAUUUUGACAUGCACAACUAUUAUUUAAAAAGUGGAAGAGGCGCAGCUCCUGCCACUGCACCAGUUGAUUUUUAUCGUCUAUACGUGACCGAUGGUACAUUUAUGGGAGCUAAAGACAAGGCAUAUGCAGUGUUUAAAACAAAGAAUAUAAAUUUGGAUAUGAAAAAUAUAACCGACGAAGUGUUUUUCGUUGAUUUUGAUACACAACUGGGAGAAGUUAGUUUUGCUGUUCUCGCUUACGAUGUUUUGGCAGAAUUAAUUAAGCCGGUGGUGACAUAUUGGACUAACUGGGGAGACCUACCAAAGACGGAAAUUGGACGAAUGCAAAAACUUAAUUUCGAUGGAGAUUUUGAAGCGUUCGUAUUAUACCUUGACCGGAUUAAAGAAGAUCUAAGUGGUAUAGUGACUUUUAAAUACGAUCCUGAAAUACUAGAACAAAUCGAUGGCGAGGAAAAACGAGAAAGGGCUUAUUUUAAUAAACCACUGAUUGCGCAAUCCGAAUUAACUGUUAGAGUUUGGUCAAAGCUUAUAGAAAAGGUUAGUUUUACUACGAAAAUACUAUACAUGUAUACUCUAAAAAGACUCUGA